GUUUUGAUUUUGGGCACGUUUUUGGCAAUUAAACAACUAUCAGUACUUUUACUAAUCAUAUCAUCGAUCGAGUCGUCGAAAGUAUCAGACGGGGAAAAACUUGUGACUCUAGUGACCAAUAAAGGAAAGAUCGAGUUAAAGCUGUUCUGUUCGAAGACGCCCAAGACGUGCGACAAUUUUAUCAAACGCGCUCAGAGUGGCAAAUACGACAAAACCAUCUUUCAUAGAGUUACCGAUAAGUAUGCGAUACAGGGCGGGGACCCCACCGGCACCGGAAGCGGCGGCACAUCUAAACGGGGCAAUAAAUUUGCGGACGAAAUCAAAGGCACGGGACUCGAACACAACUCAGAGGGUAUCCUAACCCCGACUCCACGUCUCAAUGGAUUGAACACUGUUUUCGGUAAAGUGGCCGAUGAAGUAUCUAUGAAUGUUGUUAAAGCUAUCGGUAAAGUGAAGGUCGUAAUUUUACUAAUUAUAUCAUCGAUCGGGUCGUCGAAAGCAUCGGAUGGGGAAACACAUGUAACUUUAGUGACCAGUAAAGGAGAUAUCAAGAUCAAGCUCUUGAACUGCACACUGACGCCCAAAACGUGCGCAAAUUUUGUCGGACUUUCUUGGGAGCGCAAAUACGACGGCACUAUCUUUCACAGAGUUAUCGAUAAGUUUAUGAUACAGGGCGGGGACCCCGAAGGCACCGGACGCGGCGGCGCAUCCAUAUACGGCGAGAAGUUUGAGGACGAAAUUCGUGUCGACGAAGGACUCAAACACGACUCCGCGGGUGUCCUAAGUAUGGCUAACUCCGGAAAAGACACGAAUGGGAGUCAAUUCUUCAUCACAUUAGUCCCGACUCCACAUCUCGAUGGAAAGCACACUGUGUUCGGUAAAGUAGCCGAUGAAGAAUCUAUGAAAGUUCUUAAAGCUAUCGGUAAAGUGAAGGUCGGUCAAAAUGACAAACCUGUAGAUAAGGUCUUCAUUAAGAGCGUUGAAUGCGUGGCAAAAAUACUUUUACUAAUCAUAUCAUCGAUCGAGUGGUCGAAAGCAUUACACGGAGAAACAUAUGUGACUUUAAUAACCAAUAAAGGAGAGAUCACUUUAGAGCUGUUCUGGUCUGAGACGCCCAAAACGUGCGAAAAUUUUGCCGGACUCGCUCGGAGUGGCCAAUACGACAACACCAUCUUUCACAGAGUUAUCGAUGGCUUUAUGAUACAGGGCGGGGACCCCGAAGGCACCGGAAUGGGCGGCACAUCCAUAUGGGGCACGAAGUUUGCCGACGAAAUUGUCGACGAACUCAAACACUGUUCAAAGGGUGUCCUAAGUAUGGCUAACUCUGGAAAAGACACGAAUGGGAGUCAAUUCUUCAUCACAUUAGCCCCGACUCCACAUCUCGAUGGAAAGCACACUGUUUUCGGUCAAGUGUGCGAAGGUAUGGAUGUUGUCGACGCUAUCGGUAAAGCAAAGGUCGACACUAAUGGGAGUCAAUUGUUCACAACCUUAGCGGCGACUCCACAUCUCUAUGGAAAGCAAACUAUUUUCGGUAAAGUAAAGGCAAUUGAAAGUAUGAAAGUUGUCAGAGAUAUGGGUAAAGUGCGGACCAAAAAAGAUGACAAACCUGUCGAAGAUGUUAUCAUUUUGAGCACAAAAGUCCAUAAAAAAUUAUUGUCUAAACAGUCU